AUGGUUUUGGAAGUGUCAGAGUUUCUUCUUUCUUGUUUGAUCCAUUUGUGGUCUGCAAACGGCGUUAGAAACGGACUGAGAAGCAACAUCGCGGUUCGAACGGGCCGCAGGAGGUGCGUGGAAAGCAUCUGGAAGAUGGAGCCGGCGGGGCUGGGGUACAUGGAAACCAUGGAGCAACCGGCACACGAAGGGGACAAGGAAUACAUGGACCACAUGGACCACAUGGACCACAUGGACCGCCUGGAACGCAGGGAGCACAAGGAAACACCAUUUCGUUUCGUAUUCGCGAUUAAUUGGCAGCAAGGAGGCGGCGGCGGGCAGGGCGGCGGGCAAGGUUUGCAGCACUUGGGCUUACAACAAGGCGGCAACCAGGCCGGCAGCUGGUGGCACACCGACGGUCGAACGCACUUGAACGGCCCGCAGCAACAUUUUAGGGGUUUGAUUUCGCGUAGGGGCGGAUUACAGCUGGGCAUGAAGGGGCGGCAUUUCAGAUUCGGUACCGGUCCGCAUACUGCCAUCGGACAGCAGAAACAACAUUGCAUCGGUCUACACACCGGCUCCGGGGGUGGACAAGGAAUUACCGGACAAGGGCAUGGGUUGUACCUUAUGAACUUUUCUUUACCGCAUGGUUUGCACGGUAUAAGCGCUCUGCCGGGUCGACAACACGGUUUCGGUUUGCAACAAGGUUGUGGUUUGCAGCAUGGGAUGCAACAAGGUUGUGGUUUGCAGCAGGGGAUGCAGCAAGGUUGUGGUUUACAGCAGGGGAUGCAGCAAGGUUGUGGUUUGCAGCGCGGUUUGCAGCAGGGUUUACAACGUGGCAUGCAACAAUCCAUUGUAAGCUUCUUCACCGAGCCCUGCUAUCCCAACGUUUGUUGCGUACCGAUCACAUUGUGCCCGUGCGGCCCGUCGUCCUGCCCCUGCCCGAUCCUGCCGGUGCCCUGCGUGCCGCAGGCGGCCGUCCUGCGGCCGGUGGUGCGGCCGGCGGUGCCCGUGCGGUAUUGCACUCCUUUGAAAAAGGACCAGAUACCCAGGCACUGGCCGAGCCGGCCGCCCGAGAAGCCGGCGCAUCCUUGCGGGGAGCCCGUGGACAUCAAGCGGCGGCCCAUCCGGCCACCCGCCGUGGCCCCCUUCGGCAAGAUCUGUCCUGGGUUUCGGAUGCAAAGCGGCGAGAUCAUUCCCACGCAGGUGCCCUAG